ACUGAAGCAGCUUCAAUACCCAUACUUGAUCAUCGGAGGCGAGAGUCAUGAUGAGACGAAUUCAAGGCUGGAUCAAGUUUACAAACUGAUUGGUGAUGACGUCAGUAUGGUGGUAGGGGACUUUCUGUCAGCCUCACAUUGUCUGCAGAACGGUAGGGUCUGUGCAAAGUCAAACUCGAAUCCCGAAGGUAUCCCAAGUCACAAAAUCUUUGUCUUUGAUGGAUUUGGACAGGAUAUUGGACAUCCACUUGGUCGACCGUGGCAUCUCACAUUCUAUCCUCAGGAGGAUUUGGGAUUUACUUACCUAGGUCUAACCAUUGAACACUACUGUCACCGAUUCGAAGUUGUCCCACCUUCAAAGCGAACAGAUAAGAUCUACGUCUUAGGCCGUGAUCGAGGAUAUUUCCAUCCACCAACGCCUCAACUUUUCAGACCUACCAUCUUCACUGAAGUGACAAACGCAACUGGUGUCAAAUUUACAGUCGGAACAGUUCAGCCGGAAAAUGAGUUUGAAACCAAUUCAGAUAUUUGGCCGGGUUUGGAUGAUAUCGGUAGUUCAUCUCGGGAUGAGUUUAUGUCUGAAUUACAACACCAUCGUGCUUUGUUGGGAAUAGGAAGACCGGUUCAACCUAGUACCCCUCUUGAAGCACUUUGUGUUGGAACUCCUUUCAUUAACCCUGUUUGGUUAGGUCGAAGAUCAAUCAAAGAUCGAUCAAAAUGGCAUUCACAGCAUCCUUAUCUGGCACGUUUCGAUCCACCAUACGUAUAUAACGUUCAGGAUCAUCGUGAAGAAGAUGUACUAGAGGCAGUUCAAGCUAUUCUUAAGAACCCUCUAACCGAACCAUUUAUUCCUGAUGAUAUGAAGAAGGAAGCUUAUUUAGAACGGAUCGAGAAUUUGAUUAGGAAAGAUUGGGAACAAGUUGCACAUCAAACAUCAAAAUUGGAAUAAUCGGUAAUUUUGGAGUGUUCAUGAUCAAGUGUUAUAUUAUGAUUUGUUUUUUUUCAAAUGACCUCUCAGUAACUCAGUUUUGAUUAAAAUCUUUAAUAAUUUUCAUUCUGAACAGAUUUCAUUUGAAGAAUUACCAUAAGGUACAUACUAAAGCAACUGGUAAAUACAAAAGUGAAAACUUGAUGCGAUUUAAGGUGGAAUUUCGGGUUUCUUGAUUUCCUGUUUUGUUUUAAUUUCUCUUUACUCCAUAAAAAGUAUUUGUAGAUUUCCUUUAGAAACCUAAUCGUCAUCCAAUUUCCCAAUGUCUAUGUACUAUGCAUUCUUAUUAUUAUUCC